AGUGGGCCUAUGUGCUCAGCCACUAUGCAGGUCACAGAGCAGACACUACUUUAGCAGGGAGUGUUAUAAAAGCCUUGGAGUGCAAGCUCACAGUUGUCUUAGUAAGAAGAGAAGGCUGCAAUGGACCCAUCUGUGGUUCUGGUGCUCUGUCUCUCUUGUUUGUUUCUCCUCUUCCUCUGGAGACAGAGCCCUGGGAGAGGGAAGCUCCCUCCUGGCCCCACUCCUCUCCCAAUUAUUGGAAAUAUCUUACAGAUUGAUGUUAAGAACAUGAAGAAAACUAUCAGCAAUUUCUCAAAAGUCUAUGGCCCUGUGUUCACUGUGUACUUUGGCAUGAAGCCCGCUGUGGUGUUACAUGGAUAUGAAGCAGUGAAGGAAGCCCUGAUUGAUCAUGGAGAGGAGUUUUCUGGAAGAGCCCUUUUCCCACUCUCUGAAAGAAUUAGUAAAGGACUUGGAAUCAUUUUCAGCAACGGAAAUAGGUGGAAGGAGAUCCGGCGCUUCACCCUCAUGACCCUGCGGAAUUUUGGGAUGGGGAAGAGGAGCAUUGAGGAACGUGUCCAAGAGGAGGCCCGCUACCUUGUGGAGGAAUUGAGAAAAACCAAGGCUUCAUCCUGUGAUCCCACAUUUAUCCUGGAUUGUGCUCCCUGCAAUGUGAUCUGCUCCAUCGUUUUCCAGAAUCGUUUUGAUUACAAAGAUCAGAAUUUUCUUACCUUGAUGGAGAAGUUCAAUGAAAACUUCAAAAUUCUAAGCUCCCCAUGGAUCCAGCUCUGCAAUAAUUUUCCUGUUCUCAUUGAUUAUUUCCCUGGAAUCCAUAACAAAUUACUUGAGAAUGUUGCUUUUAUAAAAAGUUACAUUUUGGAGAAAGCAAAAGAACACCAAGACUCAUUGGAUGUUAACAACCCUAGAGACUUUAUUGAUUGUUUCCUGAUCAAAAUGGAGCAGGAAAGGCACAACUCACAGUCUGAGUUCACUAUGGAAAACUUGGUAAGCACCAUAUCUAAUAUAUUUGUUGCUGGGACAGAGACAACAAGCACCACACUGAGAUAUGGACUUCUGCUCCUGCUGAAGCACCCAGAGGUCACAGCUAAAGUCCAAGAAGAGAUUGACCAUGUGAUUGGCAGACAGCGGAUCCCCUGCAUGCAGGACAGGAGCCACAUGCCCUACACGGAUGCUGUGGUGCAUGAGGUCCAGAGAUACAUUGACCUGAUUCCCAAUAAUAUGCCCCAUGCUGUGACCCGUGACGUUAAAUUCAGAAACUACCUGAUCCCCAAGGGCACAGCCAUAUUACCAUCCCUGACAUCUGUGCUGCACGACGACAAAGAAUUCCCCAACCCAGAGAAGUUCGACCCUGGACAUUUUCUGGAUGAAAGUGGCAACUUCAAAAAAAGCAACUUCUUCAUGCCUUUCUCAACAGGAAAACGGAUUUGUGUGGGAGAGGGACUGGCCCGCAUGGAGCUGUUUUUAUUCCUGACCAGCAUUUUACAGAACUUUAACAUGAAAUCUUUGAUUGAUUCAAAGAAACUGAAUGCUACUUCGACUUCUGCUGCAUCUAUUUCUUUGCCACCUUUGUACAAGAUUAGCUUCAUUCCUGUGUGAAGAAGUUCAGAUAUCUGCCUGCUGUGGCUGUUCUCUGCCUCUCUCCUAUCAAUGGUGUCUUCAGCCUCCUUGCUAUUAUUAGGGAUGUCUUCUCUGACCUGUUCUCUCACAUCUCCCCAUUCCCUUAACAUGCAGUGAACGUCCAAUGUCCACUAAGGAGAGUUUCCGUAAUUUUACACACAACUAUAUCUAUGUCUGCUCUUCCUUACACUCUGUAACACAGUAUUUACUACCACAUGUGACAAUACUUACCUAGUCUAGAGUUAUCACUUGAAAACACAGUAAAAUGAUUAAUGUAUGAUAAUUCACAGCCAUUUCUCCAGUGCAUGUUUUAAAUAAAAAGUGUUAUUAAUUGCUGAAUCAGAUCACAGACUUUCCUUGUUUUGUACAUAAUGCAAGUAGGAAAUUAAAGAAAACAGAUUCCUGGAGCUCAUGCUGGUCCUCAUAGUGAUAAGCACAGAGAGGGACAAAGGGGAAGAAGGCAGGGAAGCUCUCUUGGAGGUGUGUCACCAAGAGCUACUGGAGGUUUACAUUUGAAAGAGAGAGCCUGUGUCCAGGGACAGCUUUAACCUUUAUAUUGACAGGAUCAGUGACAGUUAUCAAUGAACAUUAAAUGUUGAAAUUCCUGUUCUGCUUGAGUGUUACUGUAAAUAGCAAGUAAAGAUCUAGAAUGCUCUUUUCACUCUCUAUCCUUAGACUCGACUGUGAACAUAUGGUUUCAUAUUGCUACUCAUGUAUUCUGAGUGUAAUGAUUCUCUCCCCAGAAAAGAAUGACAUCUCUGGAAAGCCUCACAGAAUUGUAUUAUUCUUCUAGUUUCUAUCUCUAUGUUUUACACAUAAUAUAUAUGUGAUAGUAAUUUGAUGUUUGGGGGCUAAAAUUAUAAGUCUCAUAGCAUGUGUACAGCAUCAGUAGGUAAACAUGUAUCUGUGACAAAUUCUAGUCUUCUCUCCCCCUUUUUUCUGUUUUGAAGUAAGAUGAGAAAUGACAUGAUCCAUUAACCUUUUCCAAGCUCAUCUAGAGAAAGCCAUUUAUACUUGGCCUGCAUUUGUAAUUUAAUACACACAUAUAGUUGUGUCUAUAUCUCUAUGCAUGUAUGUGUGCAUAGGUGUAAAUUAAAAUACAGCAUAUAUUAUAUACAAACAUAUACAUGUGGAUUUGAAAGUCAUUAUUUAAAAUAUUCAUGUUACACAUACUGUUAAAGAACUUACUGGUGUUUACUAAACAAUAAGCCAGGUUACAGGGUAAAUGUCUAAGAUACUAGAAACAUGGGUAAAUAAUUUGAUAGGACUUGUUAUGUAUUAGUUAAUGGAAAUAGCUAUUAAACUUUGAAAAUAGCUUAAAAAUAAAAAGUGCAAAUUUAGCCUAUAUUAUCUUCCAUUAGCCUUUUUGGCUGGCAAAUGAAAAAAUUUUAAUUUUUUAGCCAAUGUGUGAGAAACAGGCUUUUUUUAAAUGUCUGAUUUUCAAUUGCAUUGAUUUCUGCUCUAAUUUUUAUGAUUUCCUUUCCUCUGCUUACUUAGGAAUGAAUUAGCUCUUCAUUUUCCAGUUUCCUAAUGUAUAUGUUUAGAUUACUGAUUUUAUAUCAUUUACCUUUUUAUGAAAGGAAGUUUAUUCAUAGACAUUCAAUGCCAUAAAUUAUCUUAUAAGUACUGACUUUAAUCCACAACCUGUCUCUCACUCAAGACCCAGCAUUAAUGUAUUCUUUAAAUUAACUGACACUUAACAAGUUCCAAAAUUAAUUUUUCUGGAUUCUCUUACCUUGUUGGUUUAGAAAACCUUAGAAGGUGGAAGAGGAUUUUCAUAUUUCAAAUGAUUCUGGUGUUUAAUGGCUCAUAGAAAAUAUUGUAUCUAGGAAUAUCAGACUGACCUGCUGAAUUAUAAUAUACUACUUACAGAAAGUCUUCACGACAUUUGAUUUGGCAAUGAUUUCUUCAAUGUGACACCCAAAGCAUAGGCAAUGAAAGCAAAGAUAGAUAUAUUGGUCUUCAUCAAAGUUAACUUUCUACAUCUAAAGUGUAUAAAAACUUUCUACUAUCAAGAGUGUAUAAAAACGCAAAGAAUAGCAGAAAAUAUUUGGAAUCAUAUAUCUUUGAGAGAUAAUGUCCAAAAUACAUAAUGUAUUUCUACAACUCAAUAACAUCAACUAAAAGGACAAAAACUGGUUCAAAAUACGCAAAGUGCAAGAAUGAACAUUUCACCAGAGAAGAUAAAGAAUGGCUUAAGUGCUUGAAAACAUGCACAUUAUCACUGAUCAUUAGGGUAAUGCAAAUCAAAACAUCAGUGAGACACCACCUUCUACCCAUUGGGAUGGUUGUUCUUAACAUUCAGCAAAUACUAAGUGUUGAUGAAAAUGUGGAGAAAUCAGGAAACUUGUGCACUUCUUGGGGGAAUGUAUAAUGAUGCAGCCAUGAUCAGAAAUGGUAUAGUGCUUCCAAGGAAACUUAGUGAGAGAAUUACUGUAUGACCCAUCAAUUCAAACACUGGGUAUAUACCCCAAAGAAAUGAAAGCUGGGUAUCAUAGAGAUAUUUAUACCUCAAUGUUAAUAGCAGCAGCAUUCACAAAAUCCAAAGGUAGAAGCAUCCCAAGUGCUCAUUGACUAAACAAUGGGAUAAACAACAUGUGUUAUAUACAUACAUUGGAAUAUUAUUCAGGCUUUAAGGGAAAGUAAAUUCUGACACUGCUACAACAUGAAUAAAACUGGAAGAUAUUAUGUGAAGAGAAAAUAGCCAGUCAUAAUUAUACAAAAUAUUGUGAUAUAUGAUUCCACUUCCAUGAGAUUCCUAGAAUAAGCAAAUUCUUAGUAACAGAAAGUCUCCAUGGGUUAUUAUAUGGGUGGUUGUCAGGGACAGGAGGUAUUUGAGAAUAUGGAGUUAUUGUUUAAUGACACAAAGUUCAGUUUUGUCAGAUGAAAAGAGUUCUGGAGAUUGUAUUCUUGGUUGCAUAAUAAUGUGAAUGUACUUAAUUCUACUAAACUGUACACUAAAAAUUGUUAAACUGGAUAAUUUCAUGUUAAAUAUGUCUUGCUACAAUUAAACACUCCAAAAAUCUACUACUUAUAUUAUCUGGAUAGUACAGUAGAAUGACAAUGACUUAAAUAACAUUUCCUCAAUAAAGCUACCAUGAAAACUCUAAUAAAAUCAAGAUGAAAAGGAGCACUGCUGAAAUUACUCAUGGUGCACGUGUUGCUGAAAACCUGUGAAUUCAGAGACCUCAAUCCAUGCAGUUCCUUUUCACAGGUGUCCCCUCCAGAAUGUGCCUGUCUUGGGUCACUCUCCAGAGACUUCCAUGAACUGAGUUCUUGUCAGUAUUUUCUCCAGAUUGAAGCAGUGUUACCCAUGAGGAGGUGGGACUGAUGAAGCUACUCCACCAUGACUGGAAGGAUGAGCUUCCUCACUGCAUCACUGAACUUAGGAAAGGAACCACUUCCUGCCUAGCCCUGACUCCUUUCCCAGAGUAGUCACUGCAGCAGGGCUGGACAGGUAGUUUACCCUGAUCCCAAUGCCCUGACCUCAGUUUGUGUGCAAAUCCUUCAGGUGGUGAAGGUGAGGAUCCCAGUGGGAUCACACCUGGGGGUGAGGCUCCUCACUGGGAUCUUUCUUCCCCUGGACCUUCCCACUAGGCCUAGACACUAGCAUUGACAUGACUGGUUCUAAGAAGAGGAGGCACUGAAAUUUUUGUUGUGGGGAAAGGAGGAACCUCCCUUUUUAAUUUUAAGAAUAGCUCUUUUGGAUCCAAGGGAAACUUGAGAUUGGGAAGUAAAUGUGGAGGAGAGGCUGGAAGCCAAGGGGAUUGUCUGAGGAGAGAGGCAAGCAAUCCUCCUCUGUCAGGGGAAACAGUACCUUGUGCAUGGAGAGUAAGGAGCAAAUGCUCCCUACCAAAUGCUUCAUCAGGACCAUCAAUUGACUGUGGAUUUAUAUCUGUAAACAAGAGUUUAAUCAUAGUUGGGAGAUUCUCAGUGUCAUGUCUGCAAGCUCUUGUCUGCUGAUGAUGAGAUUUCUUUUAGCCUUUAAGGUUAUCAUCCAAUUAUCAUAGGCUUUUGUUUCCAGCAACAAAAUCUGCCUCUGAGAAGAAGAAUUGGCUCUUUCCAGCAUUUCUUCUAGGUCUUUGAUUCCUUUAUUGUAGGACUCCAGUUCUUCAUUUUUAAAGAUUAUCAUGUCCUUUGCUAUGGAAAUUCUCACCUUUUGCUGCAAGUCAUGAUUUGCCUUGGUAGAUAUUAACUCAAUACAAUCCAUUUCUUUGUGGGGUUAAAGUCAAGUCAUUUCAUUUUCUUUCUCAUCAAGAUGCAUGUUUUAGUCACAAUAAAUAUGUUCUUUAUUUCUGUUUUCUGACAUGCCUUGGGCCCGCUGAUACCCAAUUAAAAUGGGCACAACUAGUACAGAGAUAUUAAUUGUAAACUACAUUUUUAGAUGAAAAGUCCCAGGGGUCCUCAAAGAAAUGGCUUAUUGGAGAGCUGAGGUAGGGCAAAUACAAGAUGACCCAAGAAUAUACUGCUGUGUCAAAAAAUAAAAAAUCUCAAGUAUUGCAUGGGCCAUGGGAAAGGUAAAAGAAUCCAACCAUUUAGGAGACACGUGAGCAUAAAAUAAAGGAUCAUUGUAGUGGAUUAUAACCCUUAGAAAACAAACAAU